AUGAACGUCCGUCUGGACGGCUGCAUCCGCAACUGGGACUGGAUGGGCCAGGACACGGCGUGGAUCUCUGGGGCUCUGCGUGACGAGCCAAGCCGUCAGUGUUACCGCAACGUGGAACCGGGCUCCUUCUUGCCUGGAGCAGGGCACGCCGAGUUCAACACUCUCUCUUACGCCGUGCGGAAGCCGUCGGCCGUGGGACCGUCGGCGGAGGGCGACGCCGACGGUGACGGGUGGCGGCUGCAGCUGCGGCUGGAGCUGCGCCCGUCACGUGACCAGGCCGUGCUGGUGGCGUUGGUGCGCAACGGCACGGACGCGGAGCUCACGGUGGCGCUCACGCACGCGGCGAGGGGCGCCGUCGGGACGCCGGCGCGGCAGCAGCAGCUCGUGCCGGGCGUGGGAGUCUUCGUGCGUAAGGAGUUGGUGCUCUUCCAGGAGGCUCCCUCCGACGGGGCCCGGGGCCCCCGUGCCGGCGGCCUGUGCGACGGCGCGUGGCACUCCCUGGGCCUGAGCGCCACCGCCACGUCGAUGCGCCUCGAGCUGGACGGCGUGGGCCACAGCAAGGACGGCUGGGCCUCGGUGGGGGCCCUGGCCGAGGGGGGCCGGCGCCCCGUGGCCGCACUCCUGACGGGGGCCGUGCGGACGUGCCUGGGAGGCCUUCCUGACACGGUGGCCUUCACAGCGGCCCCCAUCUCGGCGUACUACGCAGGCUGCUUGCGGGGAAUCCGCGUGGGGGGCCGGGCGCUGGACCUCCACGAGGCCGACCAUUUACACCCCGGCAUCCGCUCACACAGCUGCCUGCCGCCACUCCCAUAGCCAGACACUCACUCAAUCACUCCCAUAGCCAGACACUCACUCCCAUAGCCAAACACUCACUCACUCCCAUAGCCAGACACUCACUCAAUCACUCCCAUAGCCAGACACUCACUCGGUCGCAUAGCCAAACACUUACUCACUCCCAUAGCCAAACACUCACUCACUCACUCCCAUAGCCAGACACUCACUCACUCCCAUAGCCAGACACUCACUCACUCCCAUAGCCAGACACUCA